ACCGAAACCAAAUAACGUGCUUCCACCAUUUCUCAUCUCCGACAGCAAUAGAGAGGAGAGAAAGCAAAAAUUUCUGGAGCGAGAAACAAACCCGACCCGAAAAAUGGGCAAGGAUCUAAGCGAUGACCAGGUGUCGUCCAUGAAGGAGGCCUUCACGCUCUUCGACACCGACGGUGACGGCCGGAUCGCCCCUUCCGAACUGGGGAUCCUAAUGCGGUCUCUCGGAGGCAACCCGACCCAGGCCCAGCUCAAAUCCAUCGUCACCGAGGAGAACCUCACGGCUCCAUUUGACUUCCCUCGCUUCCUGGACCUCAUGGCCAAGCACAUGAAGGCCGAGCCCUUCGAUCGCCAGCUCCGCGACGCGUUCAAGGUCCUCGACAAGGACUCCACCGGCUACGUCUCGGUAUCGGAGCUCCGGCAUAUCCUCACCAGCAUAGGCGAGAAGCUCGAGCCCUCCGAGUUCGACGAGUGGAUCCGGGAGGUGGAGGUCGGGUCCGACGGGAGGAUCCGGUACGAAGAUUUCAUCGCCCGGAUGGUUGCCAAGUGACGCGACGGUGGAAUCGAGUUUGUGUUUUACGGAAAUGUUUCCUGGGAUUCGAUUUCUGUUACGUUUGUUCUUCGUUUGGUAUUUUGGAAUUAGGGUUUGUUUGGAUUUCUUUUUUUUUUCUUUGAAGUAAUGCUAAUUUCGUUUUGUGUUUGUUUAUAAUGUGUAUGGAAACUUUGGUCUUCAGGGUUUCUUAUUCUGGAUUUUGCUUGUUUAAGUUUGUAUGAGAAUAUUGUGUGCCUUGGAAAAUUUGGUAAUGUCUUUAUGAUUAGAUUUGGCACUUGUUUU